GAUCAUGGCUGUGAUGGCGCGAUCCGCGCUGGCGGUGGGGCGGGCGGGCUGCGGACGGCGGGGCCGCGGCCUGCCCGCUGUCGCCGCCGCUCCGUAUUGCACCGUAGCCCCGCAGCGGGAGCGGCGGCUGCCGCCCGCUGAUAUGAGGAGCUACUUGUGGUCGCGUUACAAGGAGGCCAAGCGCGUUACCAAGGAAUUAGUUCCUUCAAUUAUGAGUAACAUGCUGAACCCGGAUGCUAUUUUUUCAAACAAUGAAAUGAGCCUGUCAGAUAUUGAAAUUUAUGGCUUUGAUUAUGACUACACAUUGGUCUUUUAUUCUAAGCAUCUGCACACUUUGAUCUUCAAUGCUGCGCGAGAUCUUCUUAUUAAUGAACAUAGGUAUCCUGCAGAAAUAAGGAAGUAUGACUAUGAUCCGAAUUUUGCAAUAAGAGGACUUCAUUAUGAUGUGCACCGGGCGUUAUUAAUGAAGAUCGAUGCUUUUCAUUAUAUACAGCUAGGAACAGUGUACAGAGGCCUCAGUGUUGUCCCAGAUGAAGAAGUCAUUGCAAUGUAUGAUGGCUCCCAUGUUCCCUUGGAACAAAUGAGUGACUUUUAUGGAAAGAGCUCACAAGGAAAUACAAUGAAGCAAUUCAUGGAUAUAUUUUCCUUGCCGGAGAUGACACUCCUUUCUUGUGUGAAUGAAUAUUUUCUGAAAAACAACAUAGACUAUGAGCCUGUUCAUCUGUACAAAGAUGUCAAGGAUUCAAUCAGGGAUGUCCACAUCAAAGGAAUAAUGUAUAGAGCAAUUGAAGCAGAUAUUGAGAAAUAUAUCUGUUAUGCUGAACAAACUCGUGCAGUAUUAGCUAAGCUGGCUGAUCAUGGCAAGAAGAUGUUUCUUAUCACAAACAGUCCCAGCAGCUUUGUGGACAAAGGCAUGAGGUUCAUAGUUGGCAAGGACUGGAGGGAUCUCUUUGAUGUGGUCAUUGUGCAGGCUGAUAAGCCAAACUUCUUCAAUGAUAAGCGAAGACCAUUUCGGAAGGUGAAUGAAAGGGGUGUGUUGCUUUGGGACAAAAUCCACAAACUGCAGAAAGGCCAGAUCUACAAACAGGGCAACUUGUACGAGUUUCUGAAGCUGACUGGUUGGAGGGGCUCUAAGGUGCUCUACUUUGGUGACCACAUCUACAGUGACUUGGCAGAUUUGACCCUGAAGCAUGGCUGGCGCACUGGUGCGAUUAUCCCAGAAUUACGAUCAGAGAUUAAAAUCAUGAAUACAGAGAAGUACAUUCAAACCAUGACCUGGCUGCAAACUCUGACAGGAUUACUGGAACACAUGCAGGUUCACCGUGAUCCUGAUUCACAAAUGAUUUUAGAAGAAUGGAAGAAGGAAAGAAAGGAGAUGAGGGAAAUGAACAGGAAUUUCUUCAAUGCACAAUUUGGAAGCUUAUUCAGAACAGAUGAGAAUCCCACUUACUUCCUCAGACGUCUCUCUAGAUUUGCAGAUAUCUACAUGGCAUCACUGAGUUGUCUCUUGAACUAUGAGCCUGAUUACACAUUUUAUCCAAGAAGGACUCCUUUGCAGCACGAACUUCCUGGCUGGUCAGACCAGCUGUGCACUGGUACAUUCAGAAUACCCUUCCUACAAGAGACAGUUCAGGUCAAAUAAGCACUUGCCUUGUUCUCUCUAAA